AUGCCGAGCAACGCACGCGGAAGCGGCCAAGGCAGUGAGGCCUACUGCGAAGGCCAAGACGCGACCAAGAGCACGCUCGACGACGGAGAAGGGCGUGAGGAGAAGAGAGAGCACGACAAAGAGCAAGCUGCGAUCAUGGGUAACUCUGUGGGCAGUGAUGGCGAUGAUGAGUACGAUGCUGCGGGGGCUACUGGGGGCCUGCUAGUGGGGUGUGCGUCUAGCCGCGAUGGUGAUGGCCACGAAGAACACGGCGGGGACGACAGUGCGGCAAUCUCUGUAAGCGUGGAGCCUCCUUUGCUCUGGCACACAGACUGGGCUGCAUGGAAGAUCUAUUUGGCUGAGUACUGCGAGCGCACCAAGCAAGUGUUGCCCGUGAAAGAGACCCUCUAUAACUACCAGCUCCUUACUUUCAUGGCCAUGAACGAGUUCGGCGAAGGCGCUGUGGUGCAGCAGUCGCUGCUCGAGGCGAAGGGAGAUUGGCACAUGGAGAAAGCUAUCGCCCACUUUAAGAGAGCCCAUCCGACUCGGAUUAAUUUGUAUCUGAAGGAAAUGCGAUCGAAAUCUGAUUUUGGGAAGAUUUCUUCUGACGACGCGAGCCAAGUCGACGCAGCAAUCCACAAAAUGGUGUAUGCUGCUUCGGAAGAAGACUACAAGGCUACGCACAAAACACUGAAGGGCUUGUGUGAAAGAAUCGGUCUGACGGGGGUUUUCGAGUACUUCGAGAAAAAUUGGGAUUCGUGCCAAGAUCGUUGGGUGAUGUAUCGCCGCGCAGAUCUGCCACACUUUAACAACCACACCAAUAAUCGCCUUGAAAGCUUUUUUGGAAAGUUCAAGGAUGGAGUAGACAGCUCCCUGAGUAUGGCUAUGUGCGUGAAAGCUUUGGUCGCGUAUGAGCGUCGAAUGCAGAACGAAUAUCAGUAUCGGCUAUCUCGAAUUGGCCAGUUCGUGAACAGCAACUAUGACGAAGAGAUGUCCAAUGUGCUUCGCUUUACUACCCACGAUGUAGCCAAGCAGAUUGAACAGCAGUACGCUCGUGCAAUGGACAAUGUUUCAAAUUACACGUUUCGUAAAGAUCACGGCGACCCGAGUCUAGUCGUCGUGUGGACGAACUCAGACCGGAAACUGGAGAAGGUCAGACAGUUCUCCUAUGAGAAGUCCCAAGAUGCCAACUCGGGUCGCCGCGAGCAAAGAGUGAAGACGCACGCGGAGCGCUACAGAGAGGCUGUGAGGGCCACACAUCUGAUCGCAACUGAGAUGGCAGAUAUUGAUGAUGAAAGCGAGUUUAUGGAGAUGCUGCAGUUCGUGCUAAACCAAUGGCGCAACGGACGCCAGCGUAAAAUCGCCGAUUUCGAGCAAUUCAAGGAAAACGGAGACGGCUUUAUUGAUACGGUUCAGAUCAAAGACGUCGGGAAUUUUUCACGCAUGCAGAUCGAGACGUUCAAGAAAGUUCAAGAUCUGAAGGAAUCGGUGCAACUCGGAGUGGAGGCUCAUCGGAAAGGGACUGCCCUCAUUGCCUGCUAA